AUGGAUUCCCGAUCGCGCACGGUGACUGGCGCGUCAUCGCCUACACCCAAGACUCUAGUCGACUCUCUAACGAGUGCUCUCGUCAACCGGGAAGCGAAAUCGGCCCGCCGGAGAUUGACAGUUUUGCCUCGGACAGCGGUUGAUUUCUCUUCCAAUGACUUUCUCUCCCUGUCAACAUCACCGGCCUUCAGAAACCGCUACUUAGCGCAUCUAAACGAUACUCCAGAGUCAUUCCCUUUUGCCAGUGGUGGAUCUCGACUUUUAGAUGGAAACUCCGCCUAUGCGGAGGAUCUGGAGCGCUUUGUGGCCGACUUCCACGAUGCUCCCACAGCACUCCUAUUCAACUCUGGCUAUGAUGCCAAUAUAGGAGUUCUUUCUAGCAUUCCUCAGCCGGGGGAUCUCAUUGUGUACGAUGAGCUGGUUCAUGCGAGUGCCCGCGAGGGCAUGCGGCUUUCCCGGGCAGGCGUAAGAAAGAUGUUUGCGCAUAGCUCUCCAACGGCCCUCAGAGAUGUCCUGGCUGCUGAAAUCCAAAAAGAUGCCAGUGUUCAAAACGGAACUCGUAAUGUCUUCAUAGUCGUGGAGUCACUUUACAGCAUGGAUGGUGACGUGGCUCCGAUUAAGGAAUUUAUCCAAGUGGUGGAUGACUUGCUUCCACAUCAAAAUGGUUACUUUAUCGUCGAUGAGGCACAUGCCACUGGUGUCUUCGGGCCCCGCGGUGCUGGUGUGGUCCAGCAUCUCGGUGUUCAGGAUCGAAUGUUUAUUCGCGUGCAUACUUUUGGAAAGGCACUCGCGAGUCAUGGAGCUAUGGUGCUCUGCGGCCCCGAGACAAGAGAUUACCUGAUCAAUUAUGCUCGCAGCCUCAUUUAUACCACCGCCCUUGGCUUUCCUUUCCUCGCAUCUAUUCGUACUGCUUACGAGCUCCUAUCUCUAGGAGAAACAGACUCAUUACGAACUCGGGUUCAACAGUUGAUCAAGCAUCUCCACCAACGCUUGGGCAAUCUUCAGAUAAAUCAAUCAGUCAUGUUCGAAGUCGAUCAUUUCCCCACGUCCCCCAUCUUCUCCAUGCGCACAUCGCAGCCGCGCCAAUUGGCCAGUGCGUGCCAAGAAGCUGGCUAUAUCAUUCGUGCCAUCAUGCCGCCCACCAUUCCUGAGGGCAGUGAACGGGUACGAGUUUGUUUGCAUGCAGGUAACACAGAGCCUGAAAUCGAUGGCUUGGUACGAACGAUCCAGUCAUGGCUGGAUGGCGGUUCAACGAAGAGAGAGGCGAAACUAUGA